GAAGUUACCUGAGCGGCGCUAGGACCAUGCGGAAAACGAGUCACUAACACGCUUUACAACAAGGAGAGGGGAGGUUUCACUCCGCCCGGAAUUUGCCAAAAGUUUCUCUUUAACAUCAGCUGUGGUGGUAAACGUUGUAUAUAAGUUUAUAUAAAAAAAAAACAUCGUGAUUUUUAAAAACGAAUAUCAGUUGUCAGUCGUUGCGUUUAUGUCUUCUUCCUCUUUUUCCCUGUGAUCUUUUGGAAACACCUGCGAGAUUCAGGUGAAGAGGGAAGUCCUUGAGCGCUGAGCGGAGAAAGUUUGUCCUGCAGGGAUGUGUUCCAGUCGGGGUUUAUGCGGUGACAACAACCGUCCCAACAGAUCCUCCAGCUCAGAGGGCACUGGUUCAGGCGCUCACUAUGCCCUGUGCGCACUUGGAGUGGGACUCAUCGCCCUGGGUAUCGUCAUGAUUGUGUGGACUGUGAUACCGACGGAUGGAGAGGACUCAGGCGGCUCCCCUACACCGCCAAGCAACACCACUGGAGGGCCAGACGGUGAUGGGGAAGACAAAGGCAGCUCGAAACCUUCAGUAGUGGCUAUGGUGCUGGUUGGAGUAGGGGCAUGCAUGUUGCUUUUAUCCAUUUUCCUUGGUGUGAGGAGCAAGAAGAGACAAAGCAAUGCAAGAAGGCAUCCAGUGGCAACAGGAGUCCCCCUCAUGAACCAUGUAGCCAGGGCGCCGGAGGAAGCAGCGGCCGACCGAGCUUCGUACAACGUGCCGAGUUACGAGGAGGUUGUUGGCAGUGGCGACUACCCUGUCCGCGAGAGCAACCUUCGCAAUAGCACCUCCCAGCUGCCGUCCUACGAGGACAUCAUAGCUGCCGUGGAAAAUGAAGGAGCAGAACCCACUAACAACCCUCCCGAGGUCACACCAGCUCCUGCUGAACCUGCUGCUGAGCUCCAGGCUGACCCUCCUGGCCUUACAUCAAACCCCAGCCUGCCCACUCGCAGUACCAGCCGGGCGAGCCGUUUACUGCGGCCCCUCCGAGUGAGGAGGAUCAAGUCAGACAAACUGCACCUGAAGGACUUCCGCCUCCAAAUCCGCACCCCUACACAGAAUCCAGUGACCAUUGAACCCAUCACUCCACCACCGCAGUAUGACAAUAAGAUGCCUGAAUUAGGGUAGUGCUCCCAAUGAAUAUAAAUAACUCAUUUUUCAACCCAUUUUCAAGGUUGGUAUUCAGUAGGUUAAAUAUAGCUUGGAGCAGCGUGAUGAAGGCCAUACAGACACACUCCUGAAAUGAGAACAUUGACAUCACUGAAGCUUGUGAUUGGCUUAGUUUUUCCAUAUUAUUAUAAAAACCAAAAUUAAGUCUGUGUAAAAGGAUAAGCUGUCAACGUUGAGAUUUUGUGCCAGUACUGUCAAACAUGAGGAAAGCAGUUCAGUUUUAUUUAAUAGCCAGUUUUGUGUUGCAAUGGACAAUAUCCUGAACUUUUAUAUAUGUUUUACACCUUGCCAAGAUUUAUUAUUGUUACUGUAUAUUGAUGCUGAUUAAUUGUGGAAUAAUUUCAACCAUAUUGUUGUAAUUCAAAAGGGGAAACUAAUAACCAGGGAGAUUUUAAAGUUGUAUUAAGUAUCAAAAGCAUUAGAUGUGCAACCUUUUUUGGGGGAUUUGUAACGUUGAAGAAAAUGCACUGAGGCCAAACAUGUAUGAUCAAAACGCUGCUUGUGAUUGACUUUUGUAAGUUGUUUUUAAAUCUUUGUUGAAAAUGAAAAUGCCAUCUAUUUAACAUUCAGUGUGAACAGUAAAAAUAUUGGAACCACUAUUGGAUAUUCUGGUAUGGGAAGUGACAUUAGUAAUUAAGCAUUGCUUCAUAGGACUUUAUAGGUAUUUAGAUGUUUAAACUAUGCUGUAUGUUGUUGGUAAAUAGUGGAGAAUAAAUGUAUUGUUUCAUUUACCUCAUGACAAGAUUUUAUACUUUUGUUGCAAAAUGACACUGAAAAAUAGUCAGGUGGGUGCAGCAGGCUGAAGAGGGUAUUCCAAAUGUAUCUCUUCCCAGCAACGCUUUACAGCUCUUCCUGGGAAACCCCAAGGGGUUCCAAGGCCAGACAAGCUAUAUAAUCCCACUGGUGUUCUCAAAGUCUAUCCAGGGCCCUCUUACCACUUGGACUUGCCCGGAAAGACUCUAAAGGGAGGCAUCCAGAAGGUAUCCUGAUCAAUUGCCUGAACCAUCUUGGCAGGCCCCUUUCGAGGCAAAGGAGCAGUGAGUGGCUCUGCUCCACAUACCCCUCACCCUAUCUAUAAGGCUGAACCAUGGAUGGUUCUACUCCUGAGUCCUCACCAAGUAGGACGUGUUGGAUCGGGUUAAGGAGUUCAUCAAAGUGAUUUUCCACCGUUUGACAAUAUCCACAGUCCGAGUCCACAGUUCUCCUCCCAUGCUGAACAGAGACUGAGACAAGCCCAGCUUUACCUUAGUCCUUGCAGAACUUUCUAACUGCAAACCGAAUGUGCUUCUUUAUAGUCUCACCGAAGCUGCAGCCAAAGUGUACCUGUCUGCUGUUUCCAGAGUUUUCCGAGUAUAGCAUGUAAUUGAAAUUUCAUUAAAGUCAUAGAAAAGUAUUUCAAAAACAAGGUCACAAAAAGUCGUAUGUCAGUAAAAAUAAAGAAAAUUAGAGUAUAAAGCGUGUCAUUAAUAUUUUAUAAAAAGUCAUAGUAUAGUAUGUCAUGAAAUGGUCAAGAAAAUGUCAUAGUAUAGUACAUAAUAAAAACAUGAUAAAACUCACACCAUUGUGUGACGACCCUCUCUGCCCGGCAGAGGCUCGUCA